AUGAACACUGCCAUGGAGUUUCUCCACGGCUUCAACGAGGCCGACCUCCCCGUACUUCCUGACGAAGGUGCAGGGUCUAGUAGCGCGUCGGACGGCCAGGAGGAUCCCAGCGCCGCUGAUGGACCCGCGAAUGGAACCACCCCACCCAACAUGAUCCACGAGCACCAUCCUGUCCUGGUGAGCUCAGAGGGGCUGACCGCAGCCGGAAAUACUGGGAACGUCGAUACUUCCAUGACGGCAUCGAACUGGCAGCAUUGA